AUGGGUAUGUUCGGACGCCUCAUUCACUACGGCUUUGACGCCCUCGCCGUCUCCACCAUCCUGGCUGGCGUCAAGAAGACCACCGGCUUUGCUCCCCAGACCGAGCUCAUCCCCGAGUCGUCCAUCCGCUCCUUCACCGAGUCGUACCUCAAGGCCGGCGAGACCGUCCUCACCCUCGUGACCGGCCAGGCCGUCACCAGCCAGUACUUCAAGAAGGUCGAGUAA